AUGGUCACAACAGUUCUUUCUCAAUCUGGCCAAGAAGUUCUCCUCAAAGUUGUUGAUCUCCCUUUCAUGAAUUUUGCAGCCUGUCUUUUCAGUAUUCCUCAAGCUAUUAAUAACAAGGUGAAGUCUACAGCUACUCACUUCUUUUGGAGAGGAAAGGCAAGGCAUAACAAGAUCCACUGGCUCUCAUGGAACUGUAUAUCUCAAUCUAAGGACAAGGGGAGCAUUGGACUCAGAGAUCCCACUCUACAUAACAAAGCUUUAUUAUCCAAGGUGGCUUGGAGGCUGUUUGUGGUACCAGAUGUACCAGAUUCAGUGUGGGAUGUGCUUAUGAAGUCUAUUUAUUUUUCAAAAGUAGACUUCUUGGAGGCUAAGGUCGGAAGUAACCCUUCCUGGGCUUGGAGGAGCAUCAUUCAAGGAAGGGAGGUUCUCAAAGCUAGUCUAAUUUGGAGAAUCAGCGAUGGCUCAAAGAUGAAUAUUUGGAAGGAUAACUACGUCCCUACGCUUCUAGGUUUCAAGAUAGGCAUGUAA